GCUCGCGGAAGCCUGAAUCCAGACGGAAUGCAAAUGAGACGGACGAUGAAGGAUGGGGUUGGACUGUUGGUCUGGGUGCGGCACUUGUAGGAGCUGCCGCCUGGGGAGCUGCCUCCUGGUACAACAGCAGAAAUGAGGAAGCCCAGCCACGGAGCCAUGUUCAGACAUCGGCGCCGAUUCGACACGUUCACACGCCGACAUAUACCCCCGCAGAACCAGCGCAAACUGCUGAAGCGCCACCUACAGCAGAGGAAGAAGAGACCUUCCUGGCUGACGACUACAACGGCUGGGAGCAUCCCGGAAAUUGUACGAGUAGGGCGCGAAAAAGUGAGGCAAUCCAGCAAUAUCGAGAUGCGGUGGAGUCUCGGAUUUACGCUCCGCGUCGAAAUGGCCGUGCCGGUGCGGCUCUCACCAGGCUGGAAGCCAUAAUACAAUUUGACAAACAUAAGCGUGAAAACGGGGAAGCCGCUCGCCAAGCAUUCAAAAAAAGAAGUCUACUUGAGGUGCCGAUGCCAAGUGGUUUUGAGAGUACGUGCGCGAUCCUGGAUAACAAUGAAUAUCAAGGGCUGUUGCAUACAAUCCUUCGCCACAGCCCAGAAUGGAAAGAUUUUGCGCCCGGAUAUGCUAAUAUUUAUCAGCGGCUUAGCGAGCAGACGAGGGCCGCCAUUAGCAAAAUCGCACACCUGCCCGAUAACGAGCAGAAGCGGGCACAACAGAUGAUCAAGGAGUUCAAAAAAAGCCUCGGCACGAUGCCGGCAAACGAUUGCAAGACUCUGCAAAACCUCCAGGGAAUCAUCUAUGACUAUCUGUGCAAAACCAUUAACAUCUGGAAUUAUGCCGGCGAGGGGGCCAACCCAAGUGAUUUUGUUCAGUUUUUCUUCCAAGAAUCAGGAAAUGCAUCGAUUGGCUACAUGGUCGUAUGCAUCUCGAAGACCGUCGAUGCACUGUCCUCUUGUCUAACUAGUAUUCUUCGUCAACGGCCGACAAUGGCAUAUGCGACAAUUCAUGCCGACGACGAUGAUGCAUUUCUGGCUGAUCUCUACGGCGAGCGUCCAGCAUUAUGGGAGCAUCCUCCAAUUCCAAUAGCUCUCCAGCAAGCGGGCGCUCGGGUUUCCACCGAGCUCUUUCCCGCGUUCUCAGUCGAGCAAGCGAAGGAGCGGUUUCGUGCCCAUAAAAGGGAAAACGCCGGGGAAGCGCGGGAAACGCUUAAAACUGCUGGGCUUCUAGUGGAAUUCUGGAUAACAGGGGCACCAGAGGGCUCCUGCAUACGAUCUUUCGUCAUAACCCGCAGUGGAGCGCCCGAAGCUACAAGGGACAAAAUCGAUGAGAUUUCCGCUAUCCCGGACGAUAAAAUUUACCGUGCGAAGAAACUGACCCAGCAAUACUUGAGCACCACUCUCGUCGGGGAGGAUUGCAUAGCCCUUCAAAGACUGCAAUCAAUGAUCUACGAGUAUAUUCUGAAGAAUGCCGUCGAAGCUAAUUACCGUGACAGUGGGAUUAACCCGAAUGGCUACGAUCAGUACUACUUUGAAGUGGGGACAGGAAGGUCUAAACGUCGUUAUAUGGCAAUCUGCCUCGCGGAACAAACAGACGACGCUGUUGAAAAUUUCAACGACCCGCGAGGAAUCAGAACCAUCAUCACGAUUUUCUUCGUCCAACAUGUAACGUACACCGAACGCGUGCUUAAGAAAGUUGAAGCUGAACGCGAUGGGUCGGAAGGCUCGGACACCGCUGCUGAUGCUGAUGAUGAUGACGGUGAUACUAAUGAUGAUGAUGAUGAUGAUGACGAUAAUGAUGAUGAUGAUGAUGAUGAUGUUGAUGAUGAUGUU